CUAUCAUCCCACCUUCUUGAGAAGAGUGCUUGGACUGCGGGGCACCUGCUUGAAGAUGCCCUUGAGGAACCGCAGCCUGCGUCCUGUCAAGAUUGGCGUGGCGUAUUCCGGUACAAUGGCUUUGAGUGGAACACAGCUCUCCAUUUUGCAAUUUACCGCCGCCGGGAGAGCUGUAUGCAUCCGUACGCUGCCAUACAUGGCAGCAAAGGGCAAGAGCUGUGAAUCGUCAUUUCCUGCCCUGGUGGAACCGACUUCCCAAAUGCCUUCGACUACGCCAUUUUCCGGCCCGCUGUCAAGAUGGAUCCUCUGACUCCCAGCUUGGUUUUCAACUUCUUUUGCAAUUUUCCAGCGGUUACGCCUUUGGUCAUAGGAGCAGAGAUGGGUCUACUUUUCCCUGCUCCUGGAAUUUAUCCCCCGCCAUAUAUAAUGGAGAGCUCCCUUCCACCUCUCCGACGAUCCUAUCUUUUUUCCCAAGCUCCAUAUUUUCUUGCUUUACUCUCUUGAAGCUUUUCUGAUAUCAUCCAAACCCUCCUUCCCAUACCAAUUUUCUACAGAGGGCGUAUCUACUCUUUUCAAUGGAACCUGUCGAGCGGAAGCCUGAGAUCGACUUCCAGAGCUAUCGGAAGAUGCCUCUUGGCCAGCAAAGGGAGCCCCAGCGACUGAGACCGACGCCCGCCGAUGAGCUGCAUGACCUGCUGUGCGUGGGUUUCGGUCCCGCCUCCUUAGCAAUCGCAAUUGCUCUGCACGACGCUCUCGACCCGUGCCUGAACAAAUGCGCUCCCACCUCUGGUUGGCAACCGAAGGUCGCUUUCCUGGAGCGCCAGAAACAGUUCGCCUGGCACUCGGGCAUGCUGGUUCCUGGCUCCCGGAUGCAGAUUUCCUUCAUCAAAGACCUUGCGACCCUCCGCGAUCCCCGCAGCAGCUUCACUUUCCUCAACUACCUCCACCGAAAGGACCGUCUGAUACACUUUACCAACCUGAGCACCUUCCUCCCUGCCCGCCUGGAGUUCGAAGACUACAUGCGGUGGUGUGCGCAGCAAUUCUCAGAUGUUGUGUCCUACGGUGAGGAGGUCAUCGAAGUGAUUCCGGGCAAGUCCAACCCGGAGAGCUCCGUGGUCGACUACUUCACCGUGCUUUCACGGAAUAUCGAAACCGGCGAGAUCUCGUCGAGAAGUGCACGCAAGGUCGUGCUUGCCCUCGGUGGUACUGCAAAGCUACCCGCUGAGCUUCCCCAAGACGCUAGAAUCAUGCACUCCUCCAAGUACUGCACCACGCUCCCGGCCUUGCUCAACAACAGCACCGAGCCCUACAACAUCGCGGUUCUUGGAAGUGGUCAGAGUGCCGCUGAGAUCUUCCACGACCUCCAAAAGCGGUAUCCCAACUCGAGGACAACCCUGAUCAUGAGGGACUCUGCUAUGAGACCUAGUGACGAUUCUCCUUUCGUCAACGAGGUCUUCAACCCCGAGCGAACCGAGAAAUUCUACAACCUCUCCGCUGAUGAGCGUCAGCGCUCCCUCCAAGCGGACAAGGCUACAAAUUAUAGCGUUGUCCGACUCGAGCUGAUCGAAGAGAUCUACCAAGACAUGUAUGUUCAGAGGGUCAAGAACCCCGACGAGACCCAAUGGCAGCACCGUAUCCUCCCGAGUCGCAAGAUCACACGCGUCGAGCAUUACGGACCGAAGAGACGGAUGCGACUUCACGUCAAGGCUGUGAAGGACGGUAACGAUAGCAUCGUCGGCGAUGGUAAGGAAAUCUUGGAGGUGGAUGCGCUCAUGGUUGCUACGGGCUACAACCGCAAUGCGCACGAGCAGCUUCUCAGCAAGGUGCAGCAGCUGCGACCGGCAGCGCAGGAUCGCUGGACCCCUGGGCGCGAUUACCGAGUGGAACUUGAGCGAAGCAAGGUUAGCGCAGACGCCGGAAUCUGGCUACAGGGAUGCAACGAACAAACGCAUGGGCUGAGCGACAGCCUGUUGUCGGUUCUGGCCGCGCGAGGUGGCGAGAUGGUGGAAUCGAUUUUCGGAGAACAGCUCGAAAACGCGGCGGUGCCGGACACCAGAUUCCGCGCUAUGCUGUGAAAAAAAAAUCGAACCUAAAAGUAAUGACGAAACCUGGCGGACCCGCCUGGUUGAAGUAUGGAGUACUUAACGUCGGAGUAAAAAGGACUUUCAUAGUAUAAUUUUGAUUGGUUAUAGCAUCAUUCCUUAUUGCAAAUGUCUCUCGAAGACGCCAGACUACCGCCGAUUCCAGAAAUGGGCUUUGUGAGAGUUUCGGCCUGUGCACAGUUGCGGAAUAUUUUCUCGCUUGCUCAAAGGCUGCUUCUGGUUGGAUUUUUGCAGCUCAUUUCAUCCUCGUGCAGGAAACAUGAUUAGUUCGACCCACACUAGGCCAGAGCUGGCUCAAUUGGCCACGACUGCACGCACAGAAAACCAAAGACGAAUAUUCUCGGAGGACUUCAGAAAGUGUUGACUGCUUUGCAGAUCAGCGACGAAGCGAGGAUUUGGACGUCCUGGGCGAGCCAAUGAUGGUCGCACAGGAAGAACAAGAACGGGUCGUGAACGACAGAGGUCCCAAAUAGCGUUGGGACUGCCCAGGCCAGGACCCAUGUUGUGCCGCUGAUUGGAACGAGAUGCCGAUAAUCUGAUCAUCAGAUAAAAUUUUCACUCGUUAUCUGAUGGCGCCACGGAAAUCCUCCCACACCUCGCUCUGCAGGCGACUUGUGAGUGCAGACGUAGUCUGCAUGAAAUGUUCCAACUAGCGAAUUACCUCGCAGCCUGAUAUCACCUUCCCUCUGAGGCCAUCAGCAAAUUGAAGCGACGGAACACGAUGGAAAACGGCGGACAGGCGAGCUCGGCAAGGCCAAAUAUUAUCAUAUCAGAUUGAUCAGCUGCUACGUAACCAAUGGCUCCGCGCUGACCGCCACGAAUGCUCAUUGCUUCUCGUUGACCGGUCUCCACAGGACUAGGGAAGACGACCCCAUACAAGCCUAUGCCCAGCCCUGUUCUAAAUCAGCUGAAGAAGCAAAUCUCGACCGACAAUGUUACCUUGCUGACUCUUCACGAUUUCUUGGUGCCUGUGGAAAACUCUUGGAAGCUUACUUUGUUUGGGAGAAUGCUUGACGGUCAUGUUAGGUCUUGUUUGAUGCCUCGGCUGGGCAGCGGAGGUUUCAAUUCAGGGGCCCUCCUUUUUUUUAUCCUCGAAAGACUCAAAAUCAACUCCCCAGGUCAUGUAGGGACCGUCAGUCUACUCCGGAGUACCAUGUGCAGAUCAAAAAGAAGGGGCGGGCUCCCGAAAGUACAUGGUGACUGGUCUAAGGUAGGUACCUCGUACAGAUCGUACAGAUCCAGUGUGGAGGAAACCCAAAACCAGAGUCGGGUCGGAGAACGUCGGAUAGAAGUGGUCUCCUUACACGUGCCGAGGAAGAGCUGGGUCGAAAACAGAAUGUCAUUGGAGUGCAAUGACGAUGUACUCCAUCCGCAACGCAUGGCCUCCUCUGGUCCCCACGUCCUCUACAGACGACCUUGGGAGCAGAAAGAAGACAGAGUCUGGGCUUCAAGAUUUUCUGCAAGAAUCGCACGAUGCUGCGUUGUACCCUAAUCAAUCGCAUCAACCAUCUCCACUAUAUUUUAACUCUAUAUCGUUGAAGACGCCGUACGGAAG